AAACCAUAGGCCUUCCAUAUCCGAAGAAGAAAAGCUCCUGUUUCAAGCGUGGUGUGGUGACGUGCGUCAGCGUCUCCAGCACUCAGGAAGCAGAGCCAGGAGGCGAGGCUAGGCAGUUUAAGGCCAUCUCCAGCGCACAGCUACACAGGAAACUGGGCCAGCCUGGGCUAAAGACCUGGUCUUGUGGGUCGGUCUAAGUGUCUUAUUUUGGGCUAUUGUGAAUUAGGUAAGCCACAGCGUGUAAUGCCUGUGUUGUUUGGACAGCUAGUCAGUCUAGCAAGCCCUUGUGGUCUGCUUCAGACUUGCUGGGCUCGUUUGUUUGGGGGCUCUGUUUUGUUUGUUUUCUGAGGUGCUGGGGACUGAACCCCUGGAUCUACGCGCACACUCUCAGUUCCACCUGCAGACCCGCCCGAAGACUACCAUGGGCGGUUCAGGAAUGAAAUGCUGUGAAAAGCCAUUUGCCAGACCUGAGUCUCGGCUCCACAGCCCUGGUUCCUAACGUGCGUUGCGGACAUGCCCAUGUGCAAGGCGGCUGUGAAUGCAGGCACUGCUGCCGUGAGCUGGGAAAGCGUGGGGCGAGCCUCAGCGCGGCCACGGAAAGAGGCCCUGUAUACCAGAGCAUGGGAAGGUCCCGAUUUGCCAGAUCCUAACCAACACUAUGAACCUGUGUUCUUGGGUUCUGUGACUGUAGACGGAUGGAGGAGACAGGAGUCACAUCAGGACCAAAGACAAGACAUCUGUUUCCCUCUGGGAAUGAACAUGCUGGUUGCUUCCUAAGCACUGUGCCUUUGGGAACAGUGUCUUCUUGGAAGAGUCCAGUUCCCACUGUGCAUUUUCAUCGUCUAGGCAUUUCACUAACUUUAUCCUUUGCUGUACAAAGCAGGUCAUUGCUACACCAUGUGAUGACAGGUAUUCAGUGAAGCGAAGCCAGUGGCUUAGGCCACAUAGCACCAUGUUGAAUAAAGACUCAGCUCUGUUUCUAGAACUACAGCCAGUUCAUUAUACCACAACACCGCACAAACGCAUCUCUUGGGGUCCCAAAGUUUGAUUAAAUAGUUGAAGAUGUCAUUCAAAGACAACCUGGAAAUUUUGAAGCCGGGUUACCUUAUGUUGGGGGAAAAGCUAUUUACGAGAAAGUGAUCUCUAAUUAAUUUUGGAAAAUUUCAAAAUAUAGUUAACUGAGACGAGCGUAGAGGUACUCCCUGUUAUCCCAGGGCUUGGGGGGCAAAGGCAGGAGGAUCGAGUGUGCAAGGCUGUUCUGAGGUUCCUUUUCUCAUGUUUGUUGGGUCCCCCCGCCCUCUAAAAGGAAAAUGAACCUAACUAUCGGAGAGAAAGGAAGGGGGCAGUGUGAGCCACAGAAGGUAGCCAACCCCUGCGGUUGGCAGGUACUCCCAGAAGGCCAUGCUUCCGCUGUUGCCAGGCGACGAGGCCAAACAGUACAGGAUCAUGUCCUCUAACUACAGUGCCAACCAGUAUGAAAACGCUUUCUCACCCAAGUACCUGCAGAAUUGGUCUCCUAGCAAGCCAACAAAACAGAAAAUCACUACCCAUGAAGGCUACACUCAGAUAAUUGCCAACGAUCGAGGUCAUCUCUUACCUUCAGUGCCCCGUUCCAAGGCAAGUCCUUGGGGUACCUUCAUGAGCACCUGGGAAAUGCCCCUGAAGAUACCACCUUCUCGGGUGAACUUGACCGCCCGUACAACGGCUGCUGCCACCGCCCUCACCAACUGGAUACACAAGGAUCCUGAUCUGCUCAAUGCCUGCAAUGGGCUGUAUCCUGAAAUCCUAGGCAAGCCCCAUGACCCCAGCAGUCAGAAGACAAAGAAGAAGUCGGUCACAAAGACUGUACAACAAGCACCAAGUCCAACCAUAAUUCCCAGCUCCCCGGUUAUCCAUGGCGACGAUUCAAAUGAACCUCCAAGUCCCCACCCCUCUGCAGGUCACACUCCAGGUCCCCAAACUCCAAACAAUUCUCCCAGGACCCCCCCUGAAAUCCCUGAAGCCAGCAAGCCCCGCGAAGUAAACACUUGUGAAAAGUUCCAUGCAGCUUUGUCAGACAAAGCUGCAACCCUGCAGGGCCAGAGGCCAGGCUGUGAUGACAUUUUGGGGACUGACUGAAAGAAGUAAGGCCCUGUAUUCAGGAAUGUGGUACAGACAAAUGUUGGGCCAGGAGUAAGUGCAAAUUUGGGCAAAUAAACAUUGUUUGUUGAAUCUUA